AAUAAAAUAAUAAGUUAUUUUAAGUUGGUUUUAAUAAAUAUUUUUUCUUUUUCAACAAAGAAACAUGUCCUAUUAACCAUUAAAUAUAAUGAAUGAAUGGAGUUUAGCUGAAGGCUGUAUUGACAAUUUUAUUCAAUCAUUCAAAGAAAAAAAGAACAAAGGUACUCUUACAGACUUUUCAACUGAAGAAAAAUGCAAUUUUUACCUAAGACUUUUAACCCAACUUUACGAAGGCUUAAAGAUGUGGAUUGAAACAAAUAACAAGUUUAACUAUGAAAAAAAUCUACAUACAUUUGAGGCAAUUUUUUUGUUAAAAAUGCCUAUGUCUCUUGGAGAAGAUAUAUCUGCACUCUAUGAAUCCUCUUUUGAAGUUUACUGUUCUUCCAACAAAAAAUUAUUUCCAGUGAAUGAAGAAGCUAGUUUUGAUGAAGAAAAUCUAGAUAAUGGCUUUUGCAUAGCUUGCAAUCAAGAUACUGGUUGUUGUAGAUGCAAACAUGUUUUAACAUUAUAUUCAUCAAUAACAAAAGUUUUGUACAAGUUAAGAUUAUAUGAACACAUACUUUUUCCAGCUAUCAUAAAUGUUGCACAUAAUCAGCUUUCAAAGUUUAUAGAAAAACAUUGUAAAGGUCAGUAUUUUGAACUUUGGUUGGAAAGGGUGUUGGAAUGGACUGAACAGGGUUUACUCAAUUGGUUACAAUUCUGCACUUGUAGUGAUUCAGAAAGUUUAAAUGAAUAUUUCACAAUAGAAGAUUGGAAACCUAAAAUGAUUUUUUUUGUUCAUAAAGUAUUUGCAGAGUUAAGGAUAUCAGAACUUUUUGAAAUUAUUGUUGAAUAUCCUGAUUCAUUACCAGCGAUUAAUGAUUUAAAGAACUGCAUUUACAUAACACAGACUCGUCAAUAUCUCACAGAAUCUUUAAAAAAAGCAUUUGAAAAUCGUCUUUUACAUCCUGCUGUAAAUACAGAUGAUAUUUUAACUCAAUAUGUCUCUACUAUUCGUACUCUGCGAGAACUGGAUCCAGCUGGUGUAAUUUUGGAGAAUGUGUGUGCACCAUUAAGAGAAUACUUGAGAAAUAGAGAAGACACAAUUAAAUGUAUCAUAACAUGUAUAACUGAUGAAGAAUCUGGUCCUGAUUUAGUUGAGGAACUUAUAAGCUCUGAUGUGGGGGGUGAAUAUAACUCAGAUCAUGAAUCAGAUGGUGAAGAUUGGGUACCUGAUCCGAUUGAUGCAAAAACUGAUUUAUCUUCAAGAAAGCAAAGAACUGCUGAUAUAAUUAAUAUACUUGUAAAUGUUUAUGGUAGCCAGGACAUGUUUGUUUCUCAGUAUAGAAUUUUGUUGGCUGAUCGAAUUUUAACAAAUUUUAAUUAUUCUGUCAGUAAUGAGAGACGAUACUUAGAGUUAUUGAAACGAAGAUUUGGUGAAAAUCAUUUACACUUUUGUGAUAUAAUGUUAAAAGAUAUCCAAGAUUCACAGAGAAUUAAUAGAUUAAUUAAAGAUGAUGCUUCAAAGCAAUGUGCAAUUGAGCAACAGAUUGACUUUAAUGCUUUUAUCUUAUCAUCCACAUUUUGGCCAACUUUUUCAGAUGAGUCUGUAGAUCCACCAGAAGAAGUAAAAAGUUUAAUGACCAACUACACAGAAUCAUUUAAACAGUUAAAAGGAAUGAGAACUCUUGAUUGGAUAAAUAAUCUUGGAAGUGUUGAACUAGAAGUUGAACUUCAAGAUGGAGUUAAAAAUUUUAAUGUAACUCCUGCCCAGGCUACACUUUUAUUAACAUUCCAAAAAAAAAAAGAUGAAUGGACUUUAUCUGAGUUAUCACGAGAGACUUCAGUGAACAAAACUUCAUUACGUAAUAGAAUAUCAUUUUGGGUAGGUCAAGGAGUAAUAGUCGAGAAACCAAAUGAUGUUUAUGUUACAGCAAGCUGCUUUCAAUCACAAAACCAAAAAGAUACAACUUUAUACGAUUCAGAAGAAGAAAAUGUUGCUUUUUCUCAGAAUCAGAAAGAAGAAGAGUUACAUGUCUAUUGGUCCUACGUUGUGGGGAUGUUAACAAAUAUAGGUAGCCUUCCAUUAGAACGAAUUCAUUCUAUGCUAAAAAUGUUCGCAACUCACGGUGAAUCAUCAUCUCACUGUUCUUUAGAGGAAGUAAAAGCUUUUCUAUGCUCGAAAAUUAACGAUGGAGAACUUACAUAUGUAGGAGGAAUGUACAAACUUCCAAAAGGCGCAUGACACAAAAUAAUAAUAAAUACGUUAUUGUUUAGAA